ACCACAAUCGCACCGUUUAUCAUUGAUUUUCUUAUCCGAUCAAAGUAUGGGCCAGAGUUUGCAAGUACGUUAAUAGAUUCCAGUGCCAACAAACAGGAAGAUUUCAACUUUUUCUAAAGAAUCUCUGACAAGUUGCUCUCGAGAUUCCACCCAUCCACUGAUCUUUUGAGCAAACCUUCAAAACUUCAACCAUAAAGCGAUAACCAAAUCUGGAAAACCCCAAACAUGACCAUUUGAUUUCCCCGACUAUCCAUUCUCCUUCUCUCUGAUCACUUCAAUUUUUAUAAUUUUUUUUUUCAGUUUCCAAAGAUUUGUUUAAUAAUUUCGAGUUUUCAACCCCAAGAAAACGUCGUAUGAGCACAUAAUGACGUUGGAAGAAAGAUAUCUGGGGAAGUGGGAAGAGUGUACAAAAUGAAACCAGCUUCUCGCUGUCCUCUUUAUGCAACUUUUCCCCUCCUUUUGGGGAUAAAAAUCUGUUGCUUUUGGGGAGUCUUCUAAAUCAAUCUCUCAUUACAAGGGUUUGAUUUGGAGUUGAUUCUGUGUUCCGGGUGUAGAUUGAUAAAAAAAAGUCCUCAUUUUUUGCUGCCAAAUUUCGAAGAAAUUGAGAAAAUGGCCGGAGGAAGUGAGGAGGAUCCAUUCACAAAACCCAUUGGAAGAUUGUCUGUUUUCUUCUAUGGAGUUGGGCAUAUGCUUAAUGACAUUACUGCUUCUUGUUGGUUCACUUACCUCCUCCUAUUCUUGACCCAAAUCGGCCUCUCCCCUAGAGAUGCUGCAAUUGUUAUGCUCUCUGGCCAAGUUGCUGAUGGGUUUGCUACUAUCUUCGCUGGUGAAUUGAUAGAUAGGUUUGGGCAUUUCAAGAUUUGGCAUGCGGCUGGAUCAAUUCUGGUUGCUAUAUCAUUUUCCUCGGUUUUCGGAGGUUGUCUGCCUUGUUCGAUCCUCCAUAACGACUCUUUAACGCUCGAAACCUUCUCCUAUAGCAUGUUUGCAGCUAUAUUUAACAUAGGAUGGGCUGCUACUCAGGUUUCCCACAUGGCUAUGGUUAAUUGCAUUUCACUGAACUCAACAAGCAGAGUAGCUUUAACAAGCUGCCGUAAUGCGUUUACUAUGGUUGCUAAUCUGGGCUUAUAUGCGAUUGCUUUAGUAGUCUUCGGUGUUAUCAAGGCUGGGUCGAAAGAGAACACCGAAACCCAGUAUCGCUGGAUUGCAUAUUCAUCUAUCACAAUCGGAUGCUGUUUUGUGGUCAUAUUUCUUAUGGGGACAAAAGAGCCGAGGCUGAGGAUAGACUUAAGAGAAACUAGCCGAGCAAGAAUACCUUGGGUUUAUUGGUUUCGGAAACUUCUAUACUAUCAAGUGGCUAUGGUUUACCUUCUCACUCGAUUAGUAUUGAAUGUUUCUCAGGCAUAUCUUGCAUUCUUCGUUAUCGAUGAUUUGCAAAUGGAUCAAUCCGCUAAAGCUUUGGUUCCUGCAAUUAUCUAUAUCUGCAGCUUCGUUGUUUCGGUCUUGCUUCAGGAGAUUCCGUGGAACGGGAAACGCUUGAAGGCGUAUUAUUCUGCUGGUGGUAUUAUCUGGAUAUUCUGUGGUGCAGCAAUCCUUCUCUUGCCUAGAGACAUAAGUUCUUUCAUGUAUGCGAUAUCAGUCUUUAUUGGCAUCGCUAAUGCAUUAAUGAUGGUUACAGCAAUCAGUAUGCAGAGUGUGUUGGUUGGUGCGGAAGUCGGUGGAUGCGCAUUUGUCUGUGGCUCGUUAAGCUUUUUAGACAAAAUGUCUUGCGGCCUUGCUCUAUAUGUUCUUCAGUCACACCAAAGUACUUCACCUAGAACCCAACUAAACAACAACCAACAAAGUGUUUACCUUUCGGUUACGAGAUACGGUUUAGGCCUUGUUCCAGCUUUGUGCUCAUUUGUUGGUGUCGCUGUAACCUUCUUUAUGGAGCUCGAAGCUGCUGGGUCACUAUCCAAGCCCCUGCUUGAGCCGCUACUUGAAUGACAAUACUAGUCUUUUGCGGUUUAAAAAACACAAUGCUCGCUUCGAUCGUUUCCUUUUAAACAUGUUUGAUUUCAGCUGCACGAAUCUUUUUACUACAUACGGGAUUCCCCAGAUUCUUUAGACGAUGAUUUUUGUACAUAAGCAUAUAUCACACUGUGACAGCAAUUACUUGUAUCUUAAAGAAAUUUGGGUCUAAAUCUGGGUUCUCGGGUUUGAUUGA